CCUCCUCCCUCCGCUCCUUCCUCCCAAACCCUAACUCCCACUCCCCCGAUUCAGAUCGAAUCGAUGGCGGCGCCGCACUCCCUUCCACCGCCGCCUCCCAGGAUCCAGAUCCCUUCUGCCGCCGCCACUCCGCUCCCGAUCCAGACCCCCUUGCUGUCGCCUUCCUCUUUGCCACACCUCUCCCCUCGCGGCCGCCUCCCUCUCCACCACCCACCUCUCCCCUCGCCGCUGGUCUGCCACAUCUGGCAACGUUGAGGCCAGCGGGCGCUGGAUCCGGCACCAGCGUGGCCCCUCCAUCAGCAACUCGAACAGGGUGUCGGCGGCGCCAUGGCUUCCCCCAACCCCACGAUGUGGGCCUGAGCCACCCGCUGGCCUCGGCUAGGCCCCGGACAAGCAGCCGCGCGGGAUGACGACCAUCAUCGACACCCUCCAGAUGAUGUCGGAGGCGGCUCCCGGUGGACUGGAGCGGACAGAGUGGUCGGAGGUCGUCGCGCUCGGCGAUGUGGUGUCCAGGCAGGCCACCGUCACUGGGAUGGUCUGGAGCGGAGACUUGCCUGGUGUGGAAACGCUCAAGGAGAACAUUGCUGCGUAUUUCAAUGUCCUGCAGGGUUUCCUUUUGGCCUAUCAUGGAAGCACGAUCGGUGCCGGUCCUACACUUCACAAGUAUAUCACUAGUUCUGCAAAAGGCGUGGUGGAUGCCAGCUUCUCGUUGUUCAAGCUAGUUGUUUCUGCCUAUGUAUCGGCGACAACAAGAAGGCCUGGAAGAGCGAACACUGCAGGUAUGUGCAGUCGCUGCCAAGCUUUCUGAUAUUAUUAGCCUACCAGAUAAUUUCUAAUAUUGCCUUUUGGUGAUUAUAGGGCACUGAAGAUAAAGCUUACAGAAAGAAAUAAAGAUGGCCAUAUUCUCACAUACUCCUGGAUUUCAUUUACAUCAACUUCUCAAGACAGGAGUACUCCUUUUUAGUAGUCUCAGUUUAAAGUAAAUUAAAUGAAAGGAGUACUCCUUUUCAGUUGUCUCAGUUUAAAGUGAAUGAAAGGAGUACUUGCUCCCUGUACUAGUUACUUCUACUACUUAUUUUUAGUUGUUUAGUACUACUCUGUAGAUCUGUGAUACUAGUCUAGUCGCUUGUAUAAUUUUGUUUAUUAGUGUAACCUGAACCAUGGAGUAGUACCCUGUUCGCAUAUGUGUGAUUAUGUGUGUUCUGUAGUCUCUAGCUCCAGUACAUGUGAAAUAUAUGUUGUGGUGUAAAUCAUUUUCAUUCUAUCUUAUAAACGUGUUUCUUCAAUAGCUAUUUCUGUUCAAUUCUUGUUGUCACUGAUGUUAGCAUUUAGUUUGUCUCAAGUUAAAAAAAUACUGAAAAUACAGUGUACAAAUCAGCCCAAAUAUGUGAGCCUCGGUUCUAAAAACUAAAGAGUUCAUAUAUUGGUAGAUAGACUGUGAUUUAGGAUAUGCUAAACAGAAAGCUUUAUAAGAUGGAACUCUCAAUAUCAUGACUUCACUUUGUCUUUAAUUUAAUAUGGUUAGAACUACCAUGGUUUUUUAAGUAGUUGGGGCAUUAAGAAACAGUAUGCUGGAUGUUUGGCCUUGCAUCCGUCCUUCCAUGAAUUCAUGCUUGUGCAUUGCUAGUUAUUGCUUUUUUUGCAGGUCUUCUUCUUCCUCGAUCUGGUGCAGCAACAACAAUUCAAGGUGAUGGUCAUGGAGCAGCAGCCAUAUAUUUUUCUUCUUCUUAUUCUUCCCUGAGAUGACAUGAGAUGAGGCUCUGUUGGUCAGUCUUCAAUUCUUCAUGCUGCUGCUGCUACUACUACAUGAGGACCCUCUUCAAUUCUGCAUCCGUUGCGGCCGCCGCAGCUUCCACCUCCAGAAGAGCACCUGCUCCUCGUGCGGUUACCCGGCCGCCCGCAUCCGCAAGUGUGAAGCGCGAAUCCAUGUCCGAAGCUGUGAAGAAUAUCAGCAGAGAGUAGCAUAUUAUGUGUUGUAGUUGUAGGCAAUAGUAGGCAUAUCUGGGUUGUAAUAUACUGUAACGAUUGUAAUAGAUUAAUGCAGUAUUGGUUUGGACCAAUUUCAUUUGCUCUCUGGUCUAUUCGAAACAAUGAUUGUGUAUGUGCUUUGAAUACCCGUGAAAUGGAAACCUGACAAGUUAUAAUGGUUGUUUGACA